AUGCAGGGGUUUCGAGAUGCUUUAGAUUUCUGUAGCCUUAAAGAUUUGGGCUACUCUGGCUUUCCUUUCACGUGGUGUAAUAGGAGACCGGGUGAUCAUAAUGUUUGGGUGAGACUAGAUAGAGGUGUAGCUACAGUAGAUUGGUUGCUGAAAUUUCCCACUACCCGUGUGCAUCACUUAGAGGCUUUUCAUUUGGAUCAUAGACCACUGCUUUUGGCUUCUGAUUUGGAGGCUAGGAGAUUUUACAGAAAGUGGCACCCGUUUAGAUUUGAAGCUAUGUGGCUUAAGGACAAAACCUGUGAAACGGUGAUUAAAACUUCUUGGGAAACACCUUUGGGCUCAUCUCCAGUAGCUACUUUUUCUCAGAAAAUUGACCUUUGCCAAAUAAAUCUCUGUGUAUGGAACCGUAACACAUUUGGGCAUGUGCGAAUUAACCUGGAAAAAAAGCUGAAGGAGUUGCAUAGGGCGGAGGAGAUGGGGUUGUACAACACCGAUCCUGGUUAUAUUGGACAGCUUCGUGAUGAAAUUCAAGCUCUUAAAAACAAAGAAGAAGUGAUGUGGAAGCAAAGGUCCUGUAACAGUUGGUUAAAGGAUGGAGAUAGCAACACAAAAUACUUCCACAGUAGGGCUACUCAACGAAAUAAGCACAACUAUAUUUCGGGUUUGGAGGAUGACAAUGGAGUUUGGGUGGAAGAGGAUGGCCGGUUGAGUGAUUUAUUUGUGAACUAUUUUUCCAACCUGUUUUCAACCUCUAAUCCAACAAGUAUUGAUACUAUUCUGGAGGGGGGUUACUCCUAG